AUUAAACAAGAUAUCAACCACGAGGCAUGGAGCGGAAAGAGAUUCUUCUGUUGCUUGUUUUCUCGUGCACCUUCCUCAAAUGUUUUGUUCAAGCUGAAAAAUGUGACCCAAAACCAUCGAUCAAACAGCAUGAAGGCUACAAGCGAUGCGUGUAUCUUGAUACACACGAAAAGAGAACUAUCGGCUAUGGUUUUAACAUGCAAAAGCAUGGCGCAAGAGAAGAAUUUAUCAAAGCAGACCCGAGAGAGCAAUACGUAGGUACAGCAGACAAGGUAUUCAACACGUUUUUAAAGAGCCCUUUAACUAAAUGGAAUAAAGAAUGUCCUUGCUGCUCCAUAUAUGGUGAAACAUCUAAAUAUUCCUGCGUUCCUUGCCUCGACGAUGAAUACAUCGAAAGGCUCCUGGACAGCAGCUUGAAAACGGCCAUUGUUGACGCUGAAGUCGUGAUCGGCAAAAGCACUUUCCACGCCCUUUGUUGUUCUGUGCAGAAUGCCAUAGUCGACAUGGCGUAUAAUCUUGGCCGGACAAACUUUGAAAAGUUCAAAAAGUUUAAAGCUGCGAUCGAGAAAAGAGACUGGGAUAGAGCAGAAUAUGAGGCUAAGGAUUCUAGAUGGUGUGGGCAAGUCAAGACUCGGUGCACGAACAUCUCCAAAAUCAUUAAAGCUGGAUGCUGAUUUAAACAAAACACUGGCCAUGUUCUUCCGGCGCAUGACCCGACAUAACACCUUCAAUUUUGUUGGAAGACGGGAACGAGUACGGCCAGAAGAGGAGAUGAAAAGCCUUACUGUUUUUAUUAUAUAUUCUGUUUGUUACUUUAUUCCCAGUGAUUGCAUUAAAUGGCACUCGAGCGAAACUAAA